UUGGAACCAGAAAAGGACUGAUGAAGAAUAUGAUUUUGAUACGCAAGAUAUUUGUUGAUAGACAUGAAGCAAAUCACAAAAGUGGGCCCUGAUCUGCUUUUCUGAUAAUUUUUAUCGGCUUUGGGUAACGGUAUUGGUAUUCAACUAUUUGCCGUAGCAUAAGGAAGAUAAAGACUUAAGAUAUCGCUCAAUAUCUCAUCUUCACAUGGAAAACUCAAAACAAAAGAAAGCUAGCACUUUGGCCAGAAUGGAUUUCGACUUAAUCAUCAAAAACGGGCACGUGCUUGACCUUUCAUCAAAGAUCAAUAAAGUGAUGGACCUGGCAAUUUUGCAUGGAGAAAUAGUUGCUUCGGGAAAAGAAAUUCAACAAUCUGACCAAGCUCACCAAGUUCUGGAUGUCUCUGGACAUUACGUGAGUGCAGGUUGGAUUGAUCUCCAUACCCACGUUUAUGAGCAUGCCACUAUCUUGGGAGUCAAUCCUGACAUUUGUGGACUUCAAAAAGGCGUGACGACCAUGGUCGAUGGAGGUAGUAGUGGUGCCAUGACCUUCGCCGGCCUUCGGAAGUUCAUCGUGGAACCAAGUGAAACCCGAGUUCUCGCCUUCCUUCACAUUGCUUGCCAUGGGUUGGCUGGAGCUGCUUGUUCAGGCAAUGAGUCGGGAGGAGAAUCCGAUCAUUUGAACGCCAUCAAACAAUCUCUCUGUGUCCAAUGCGUUAAAGACAAUCCCGACAUCAUUGUCGGGAUCAAAGUCAGGUUGGACAAGAGCAUCACCAACAAUGGAGCCACAGAACAUGAAACCUAUGCUAGAGCGUUAUGGGCCUCAAAGGAGGCACAAGUUCCUUUAAUGGUUCAUCAUACUAAUUCAAGCAUUCCAUUGGGUUCGCACGCUCAAGGCGUGCUAUCAUGCCCGGGAUCAUUGAGGAAAGGUGACAUUUAUACCCACACCUAUCAUGGUCACCCCAGUUCCAUUCUGGAUCACUCGGCACUGAAAUUACACCCAUCCGCCAAAGCUGCACAGGACAAGGGCGUGAUAAUGGAUGUGGGUCACGGGCAAGGAUCAUUCGACUGGCUAGUGGCCAAGAAAGCCGCAUCUGAGAACCUUUGGCCCGACACGAUUAGCACCGAUUUGCAUUCUGGCAAUGUGAAUGGAACUGCUCAAAGUCUACCCUAUGUGAUGAGCAAAUUUCUUGCUUUGGGAAUGCCACUUCAAAAGAUUGUGUGUGCCGUAACUUCUACUCCGGCCAAAUGCAUCAAUCGAGACAAGGAAUUUGGACGCAUUGCCAAUGGCCUUUGUGCUGACCUAACCAUUUUCAAAGUCGAGUCUAAACUGGAAUUGGCUUAUGACGCAAGCCAAAAGUCACAAUUUCUCAAGGAGCAAUUUAUUCCAAAAAUCGUGAUUCGAGAAGGAAGAGUUAUCAGGCUGAACCUGUAAGGUUGCCAUUGCAUUACUAUUUCAUUUGAUUUCUAAAAACUAGCCAUCAUUGAAAUAUCACAUCUUGAAAACCAAA